AAAACAAAAUGGCUGAAAUUUGGACAAAAAUAAGGUAGCUGAAAAACGAACAAUUUUACUCCGAAAUAACACCAUGUACAAUCCAAAAGGUGCACGAAUAUUGACAAGCAACUGUUGAAGCACAGCAGCCAGAAACAGAACUAGGCACCCCAGAUGAUCAGCACAGCAGCCGGAAACAGAACUAGGCACCUCAGAUGAUCAGCACAGCAGCCGGAAACAAAACUAGGCACCUCAGAUGAUCAGCACAGCAGCCGGAAACAGAACUAGGCACCUCAGAUGAUCAGCACAGCAGCCGGAAACAGAACUAGGCACCUCAGAUGAUCAGCACAGCAGCUGGAAACAGAACUAGGCACCUCAGAUGAUCAGCACAGCAGCCGGAAACAGAACUAGGCACCUCAGAUGAUCAGCACAGCAGCCGGAAACAGAACUAGGCACCUUAGAUGAUCAGCACAGCAGCCGGAAACAGAACUAGGCAACCAUGCUUUCCAGCAAACUGUUUGGAAGAUGGAACUCCAUUUCACUACCUCGUCACCCACUGCCUUUCAAGUGCUUCAAAUCGAGCUUGCCGUCGACUGACUGGAAUUAUGGCAAACAACUGUCGCUUGCGCGUGCAUCAACUGGUUUACUUUCAGAGAGACUGUCCAGCAGACGCUGCCAGUGUGCACAUUCGUCGUCUUACAGAGGACAUAUCUGUUGGACUCGGAACCUACUUCAUCGGAAACUGCAAACUGAACUGCAACUGUUUCAAGGGUACUCCCAACUUAAUCGACAGCAGACACUGCUUCUUGGGUGUCGUCAGGAAGGGCAGAGUUCAAGAUGUGAUGCGCGGACAACUAGACGCAACAUGAGCCUGAUGAGUUCCAUGGUGGAUGCAACUCCUAGCCGAGUCCAGCCCUACCUGAGAUUGAUGAGAUUAGACAGACCAACAGGUACCUGGUUGGUCUACUGGCCGUGUGCUUGGGGCAUCGCUCUAGCAGCAGACCCAGGUCAUCUCCCCAGCCUGUACAUGCUGGGUCUGUGUGGCCUGGCUGCUCUGGUGGUCCGUGGGGCUGCGUGCACCAUCAACGAUAUGUGGGACAGAGACUUUGACAAAGCCGUUGAGCGGACUCACACAAGGCCCAUCGCAUCAGGUGCCAUCAGUCGCAGCCAGGCGCUGGUGUUCCUAGGAGGUCAACUUAGCCUGGCGCUGGGAAUACUGCUCAAUCUAAACCCAUACAGCAUAACUCUUGGAUGCCUUGCCGUUGUACCCAUGGUUCUAUAUCCACUCGCGAAGAGGUUUACCAACUGGCCACAGAUCUUUCUUGGUGUGACGACCAACUUCAGUGCUCUGAUUGGCUACUCGGCCGUCCAUGGGUCAUGUGACUGGAGUAUUGUUCUGCCGCUGUACGUGUCGUGUAUUGCCUGGACUGUUAUCUAUGAUACCAUUUAUGGACAUCAGGACAAGAAGUACGACAUGGCCCUCGGCCUGGGCUCCACCUCCAUCCUGAUGGGAGACAACACCAAGUAUUGGUUGACAGGCUUUGGUGCAGCUAUGGUGUCUGGUCUGAUGGUCGUUGGUGCUAUGGCUGAGCAGAGUGUGGCAUACUACCUCACUGUGGCACUGACGGCUGCUCAUAUUAGCAACCAGGUCUGGACGGUGGACAUCCACAAUCCCCAAGACUGCUGGACCAAAUUCCGCUCCAACAACAGACUGGGUGCAGUCAUCUUUGCCGGGAUCAUCGCGGGAACCCUGGCAAAAGUUUCAACCAAAGAUUCAGACAGUUCAACCAAAUUGGACAAGGAGGAGGAACAGGCAACUAGCGAAUAGUCAACCAGGAGAUUUGUGUGAUUUUUCUUGCCACUGUUCACAUGACUUCAAUUUUUUGGAAGAUCAUCAUCAUCGCAGAUUGUAAAUAUGCUACAACGUAGAGGAUUUUUACGUUGCAAAGGAGCAACAACCUUUACAACUCAUCCGUCUCAUCUGGUUGGAGUGUGCUACAAUGCAGAGGAUUGCUACGUCACAAAGGAGCUGCAACCUUUACAACUCAUCAGUCUCAUCUGUUUCGAGUGUGCUAUGACGCAGAAGAUUCUUACAUUGCAAAGGAGCUACAAGUUUUGAACUCAACAUCUCAAUCUGCUUGGAAUGUUUUACAACGCAGAGGAUUGCUACAUUUUGAUACUUUGAAAAAAUUUGACAUGCUUCCAGCAGAACUUCUCAGUCAUCUUCAAAUGUUGGAAGAUCAGCAUCACAGGUUGUGAAUAUGCUACAAUGUAGAGGAUUGUUACGUUGCAAAGGAGCUAUGACAUUUACAACUGAUCACCUCAUCUGGUUGGAAUGUGCUACAACGCAGAGGAUUGCUACGUGUCGCAAACAUGUGACAAGCUGUCAAUCAAACCAUCUCAGUCUUUUUGAGACAACAUUUAGGAUUGUCAUCCCCUCAUCUGGUUGACGAUUGUUACGUUGCAAAAAAGCUACAACCUUUACAACUCAUCACCUCAUCUGGUUGAAAUGUGCUACAACACAACGUUGCAAGGAAGCUACAAGCUUUGAACUCAACUCAAUCUGCCACAUGGGACAUGUUGAAAAAACAAUUUGUGGCAUAUUUUCUCUAUUUGCAAACUGUGAUGCAAGGACUUUAAGUCUGCAGAAAAGGACUCUUAGUUUGAGAGAAUUCUAAAUGUGGCUGAAAGUGGAAAAAUCCUUCGACGGGGGACCAUUUGAUCCAAAUCCUUAAAAAAAAUUAACUUGUAACCAGCCCUUCGCAAUAUCAUGUCUACUUCAGACUUAAAAGUUCUGAAACUGAAAGACAGAAAAAUGACAGAAAAAUGCUAACCCGAAAAGGGGUAAACUCUGUCAAUUUUAACCAAAUCCUUUCAAGGCGCCAUAGCGUAGCAGUCCAAAGUGAAGCAAUGAUAUUAUAAGAAUCAACGAUAGACAAUUGUUUUAUGAGUUAGAUUUUUAACUUUUUCUACAGUACUUGACAAAGAGGCGCAAUGUACCUGGUGUGUAAGGGCUGGUUCCCAUGAGAAAAACUAAUAUUUCUGUAUUUUAAAUCUACGUUUUAUAAGAUAAUAACUGCCUGAGAGGUACAUUUGUAAGUGUGAAUUGGUCAGGUGCAAGAUAAGAUAAUGACAAUGAUUUUUUUGUCCUUAACCUCACCUAAAGCUACAAAAUAGUACUGAGUAGUAACCUGUAGUAUGUUUGGUCCUUGACCCCCAAAGAGCCCUUAAGACGUUCAGGGUUUUUGAAAACAGUUCAAACACUCCUUUCAGGAAUUUUGUCGAAUUACAAAUUGUACAGCUUUUCAUUGGAUCAGUCAUAGCCUGAUAAACUUCUACAUAGUGGGGACCAUCUACAGUGCUUAGUGCAAUAAUUUCACUAUUUUCAAUCCAUUUUACGUGAAGAUAUCGUGCAUUCUUAGCCACUUCUAAACUCAAGAGUCUGCAAACUUAAUAUUUAAAAAGUGAACUUUUAUUAUUCCUUUUUUUUGAUUAGAUAAAAUUAUGUUUUUAAACUUGUCUUGCACCUGACAUUUCGAGUAUAACCAGCACUGCCAUAAUUUACCAAACUUUCAUUUUUGUGUGACGUUUUUUUAGAUUUUUUAUGUGAAAAGCUAAAUUUCUUGAUUCUGAAUUUCUGCCAAUUUUUAACAAUAUUUUUAUAAUAGUAGCAUUGAAAACGCAAAUGCCUGUUUACAUGUGAUGAAAUCACACAGCUCUGAAAUAAUUUGGUGAAAAUUCCAAAAUGCCAUCAGAAAACAAAUGUAUCCUGACCAAAAUUGCUGAAAAAUUGCUACUUUUAAGCCGCAAUAUCAAAACUUCAGUAAUUCUGACACGGUGCUGGUUAUACAAUUUUAAAUUCAAUGUGACCUGCAACCCACGGAUCAGGAAAAACUGCCAAGAAUUCCAUUUAAACUAUUCAUCUUUUUUUUUCUCAAAACACGACAAACCAUUUGCUCUAAAUUCUUUCAAAUACACCAACUCUAAUUUCUGAAUCAACUGAAAUUUGAACACAGUGGGACAUCUAAUGGACUGGCACUUUGAAAGUACUAUAUGCAAUUUACAGAAAGAAAAAACCAAUAUUUUAAAUAUGGAACCCAAAAAAAUGCAAGCGCAAAAAAUCUGAAAUCCGUUCUAAAUCCGUUGUUAAAGGUUGCAGGUUACAUCUUAAUUUUACAAAACAAAACCAAUGUGAAUAACUUUGUUAAUUUUUUACGUUUCACCACCAGGCACUCUCUCAAAAAUGUAAAUGUUUGGAGCAGCCCAGCUGCACACAGCCCCCCCUCCCCGGUGCGUGCACGUGUGUUCCCCGCCCGCAGGCGCUGACAGGUUGGUGGUCGCCCGCUAUCUGCAUCGACUUGUGCAUCGGCUGUUCGGUGGGUGAUGUGUGCAGAAAGACGGCCCUGAUCUUAUCGUCUGGGUGGAUCGUGGAUGCCUCAGCGGACUGCAACAUGGUAAGGAUCCUGAAAACUUCUUACGAUCGGUUCUUAGUCGGUUCUACAAUGACAGAUGUUCACGAGCACCUCUCCAGUGUUGGCAGACCAAGGAGAACCCUUUUUGCAUCUGUUCUCAAAUCGCCCGCUUUGCAUUUCUGCUUUUGCAGUACGUCAUGUUUUUAUGUAUCCACACAAAUGGAAUUUGCCAAUCAGUUACUCAUUGUAACUAUUGGAUAUUUGACAAUCUUGGAUAUUUUUCAAAGUUGUUGGAGUUUAGGACCGAUUGUAUUGAUGCCAUUUAUAUCGAUAACUUCCUUGGUGUAACUCUAAAAUCUCUCUGCUAAUGGAUCGAUGAAUGUGUCAAAACUCAUAACAAAAUGUACCGUUCAGGUUGGAAAACGAAAAACAAUUUUAAAUGUGGUUGUGAGCCAAAGUGUAGCCAAAAAGGAGACAUUACGUCUGUGAAUCAAAGGAAUAAACAAACAUGGUGUAAACUUCACCUUAAAAAAACUUAAUCUGAAGACAAACAAAAUCUUGGGGUUUUGGUAGCACAUGUAUAAAAAACCUUUUAAUAAGAUCAGUAAUAGCCAAGCAUUCACAUUGUGAAAAAAAAAUCAUGCAUUUUACAAGGAAUUUCGAAUAGCGAUUAAAAACUAGAAAAACCCAUGAACUAAAGUUUCAUGAAACUUGUUGAAAAAAAAAUCCCCUGAUUUGGAGGCAAAAGAACUCUAAACUGAUCAAUGCCAUUUGAGAAAAUUCUCAAGGCAUUUUAUAAAAUACAAAACAAGCAAAAGGCUAAGAAAAAUUUAGCCAUUUAUUUUCCGAAAAGAAAUCAAAUUUUCGUAAAUCCCUGACCACAUUGAUCAACUGUUCAGUUGUAUAGAUCAAUAGUCCUACCAAUCUGCCAUCAUCAUUUCAAAAACAAGCAAAAAGAAAAUAGAGAAAAGAAGCAGAAAUCAGGAGAAAGAACUAAAAUGGAAAAAGAAGGAAGCCAAACUUUCUAAUUUGCAUUUGAAGAAUGUUGAUGUGCUUAACAAAUGAGAACCAUGCUGUUAGAUUUCUCAGUGGACGAUGCAUCCAGGCCAUUCACUCAAAUGGAUCGAGGGGGCACAACGUUGUCCUGAAAUUGUCCCUACUUGCAAAACAACAGUAAAAAAAAUGGGGAGGAAAACCAGCAAUUUACAAGUUGCGACAGAAAUGACAAAACUGGAAAAAACAUUCCAGAUAUCGAAUGAGUUACUCGUUCUAAAAAGGGUGACGUUGUAUGCUUGGAAAACUCAUGUAAUGUAAGCCCAAGGUGUGUUACAGUCACCUAAUUUUGUUUGAGCAAAAUGCAAUUUAGAAAAUGCAGAAAAAAAUUCAGUUCCAAUUUGCCGUUGUCGCAUGUCCAAAUAGCUGAUCACCUCAAAGCAUUGACAUAAAACUUCCCCAAGAAAAGGAAACAGCAAAAGCAAAACGGGGAAAUCAGGAACAUAGUGUGCCCCUCUACGACUGGGUGAAUGGUCUGGAUAAAAUUUGGUCAAGCAGUCUGCCUGUCAGCGUCCUACACAGAAGCUGUGGCAUCAGGCACGGGGGGGCCGUCCCGCAAACUCAGCUCCGUGGUAAGUUUAAUUGAAGUUUGUAGUGUCAAUUCAUGCACUGAUGUUGAUAUGGUUGUACAAUCCUCUGACUUGUUAAACCCUAGUGUGUAUCUCAUGGCUAGGAGUAGGGCUGUAGUCUGUAUGUUAACUAGGCAGUAAUGUGCAGAUGGUCUUCAGUCUGAGGCAAUACCGCAGUGGCGUAGCAAACUCGGGGAGAGGGGAGGGGUUGCUGAAAUAACUUUCGAAUGUUAAUCCACUCAGCGAAGAUACUUUAUGUUUUUCAUGGACAACCAACUUUUUUAUGUAAAAAGCGAGCAUGAAAAUAGCGAUUGACUGAAAAGCUUGAUGUAAAACUGCCAAAACAAGCAGUGACAAUAGUUUCCGUUCGUCAGCUAUUCCCCUGAUUCAGGCAUUUAAAAUAACAAUAAACUUUUAAAGCAAAAGUGAGGAUUUUGACCUUUCUUGAUAAUUUAAGCUCUCCAAAGAGUGAAAAGCUCUCAAAUGUGAGAAUUGUGAACAAAGACAAGAGUGAAAAAGCUCAAAAGAGCGAAGUGAAGCAGUCAAAAUUAAAUAUCUGACAAAUUCAUGAGUCAGUCAUAUUCUCUCUUGAAAAUUGUCUCCAGAGAAAGUUCAGGUCGGCAAGAACUGUCCUACAUGGGGCUAUAUAUGUUAAGGCCAAAAAAACUCUUGCAAUGAAAAAAAAAAUUGCCAUGUUGCUUGUAGCCUGACCUUAAAAUUGAUUGGGCCGGCAAGAAAUUUCAGCGAAAGUAAGCCCCUUCCCCUCUCCCCGAAUACAGAAUGAGCUACACCACUGACUGUUGAUUCAAACUCCAGUUUGAAUUUUCAAAAUUGGAAAAUCUGGAGUGGGAAAUUAGGGCUUUGAUCAAGGCAUUAAUUAGCAGAAUUUGGUCAAUAAAAGCAAAAUUGAGGUUCAAAUUAAUCGCAGGAUUUGUAAAGCAUCCCAAAAAUUUCACAGAAAGACAAAACUUUCUGAGCUUGCAGUUAAGCAUUUCCUCUUGUGUGAUCGUUACAAAGGCACAAGUUCAUGUGAAUGGUUUCCUGCUUUAAAAAACUUCCAAAGGCAUACCUCCUUUUUGAUAUACCCUCCAAAAUUGGGUAGACUCCACCCCUUGGAGGGAGGAAAAUCCAACCCAGUGGCUUGCAUGAUGAGGAAAAAUUACUGACUGCACAAAGUUGCUGCAAGGUCUAAAUUGUGGAAGCAGAUCCUGGAUCUGUGACUCUUAACACAGUUGCCUCUCGUUGCCACUCUUGAUCAUUCACCAACUUAUCACGGAAAAAAGUUGAACUUGAGAAGUGCCAGAUACAAAAACCUGCCGUCAAUUGAAAUCCCAAAUCUGCAGGGAAUAAAAAAUCUUGAAUCAAUCUAUCCAGAGUUAUCAUUUUCUUUGGCAGAUAUUGAAAAAUAAUUUCUUGAAUGUUGAAACAAACUUCGUCAACACUUUCUCUCUUGAUUGAAACAAGAGUCAACACUUUCUCCCUCGUUAUUUGGAAACAACCUUUCCUGCGAACAAUUUUGUGUAAACGUGUUUGCAUGCCAGAAAUUCACUUUACUUUUUGUAUGCCUCGAUCGGGUGACUCACGGGUCCAUUUUUAUAGAAAUUAAAAAACAAGAAAAAGCAAGGAAAAAACUUAGAUGACAUUGAAUGGGUAUUGCCUCAGACUGAAGACCAUCACGCUCAAACGUUAAAUGCGCAAACAGGUUCGUGCAUGUAGGCACGAAAUACGCUCUAAUAAUUUGGUACUGAAUGUGCACAGACUCAUAGCGUCUGUACAUGAGCGUCGGGCAUUAUCAGGUAUGCAUUCAAAUAUACCUAGUGGUCUCCCCUUCUUAGAUUUCAUAGAAUUGAAAUAGGCUGCUAUUUUAGUAGUAUAAUUCCCAGAGUAUCUUACAUUUUUGUAAGAUACACUCAUGACAAAUCUUACCAUAACUAGUAAUUUGGUUGGACGCUGAAGAUUCAUUUCUUCAAAAUGAUGCAUAUUUUAAACAAUUGUCAUUUAUGCUAAGUGUUACACUCCUAGUGUAGAUCAGUUGACGAUAGCUAGGAACUAGGAAAUGUGCAGAAAUCUACUUGGUGUUUAGCAGACGAUCUAUGUGUCAACUAGUGAAUGUUGGCCAUUCUACACUCUGUUGAAAUUUAAAUGAAUUUUGUCUUCAGGCUUACUCAAGUGAGGGAAGAUUUAAUCUGAAGGUGGUAACAUUACGUUACAUGUAUUAGUAAGAGGCACAUGCUACAAGCAGUUGGCGUAUUCUGUCAAAUGUGAAUUCCAGUUUUAAAGUGUCAGCGGUAAAGGUCAAAGUUCAUUGAGGUUUGAUCACAGAAGCAGGCCCUGGGAAAACCAAAUACAUAUUUACAUGUAUUUGUGGUAGUUUGCAUAAUGACAUGUACAUGUGCAUGUGCAUGUACAUGUACAUGUACAUGUAGAAAACAAGUUAUAGCCAACCUAAUCAAACAAAAAUUUGCCUUACAUGGCUUACAUGAACAUGAUAUGCAUGUACGUGUACAGAUAUAUGUACAUGUACAUGUACGUUUACAUGUACAUGUACACGUACAUGUACAUGUCAUGUUGGUGUGUAUUACAAGCAGUUCACGCAAACUCAGAGUUUCUGAGUGCAAAAGUAGUCUAUUUCAUUUUAUAAACAGCUACACGAACUGCCUAGUUGCAAUGCAGAUCAUUGCAAAGUCUAAGCUAUUUUGUCCGAUUGACAGUCGCCAGCGGUUGAUUUCUUAAGCAGAUUUGCAUUACAUAAAAGGAGCUGUGCAUCUGUUGAAUAUCAAAAAUAAAAUACUGGGUUUUUUUUGUAAAUGCAGAAAAUGCUUGAAAGACAAUGUGGUAGUUCUAAGGCUGUGACUAAGUUUCACGUUUAAACAAAAUAUCAUGACCAUUUAUUAUGUAGAAAGGAAAAUUAUCAAUAUUGCGUGUUUAACAUUCUGCGUGCUCUCGGCAUUUAUAAAUGGAACACUAAUCACCGUUGAAGCGUAUUGCUUAUAAAACAAGAUGGGAAAUUUUGAGGGGCCAGUUGUUUAGUCAUUUUCACUGCACUGACAAACGCAAAACAAUUAUCUGACCCCUUUUAAAAGCCGAUGAUCAGACGAAUAUCAAAUUUUUAUGGUGCAGCAAUAAAGCAAGGAAUCUUAGUAAAAACAAGUGUCGGUUCAGAUUUAAACUCUAUUCUUAAUCAUGGUGUUCAAAUCUUUGAAAGUCACAGCCUUAGUUUAUUCCAAACUCGUCCAAAAAUAACCAGAAAUGUUUGUAGGAUUUUCCCAGGGCCUGCUUAGGUUAGCGUAGGAGCAUGUACAUUACCUGCCUUAUGCAGACAAGCCUACUCUACUAAUGCCAUGAGAAUCGUUGGGUUUAGGGAGUAACAUUGAGGAUGUACGACCAUGAAUUGUACAGUGCAUGAAUUGAUGAAAACUUCAAUUAAACUGUAUCACGGAGUAGGGGACAGGCUGACCCGUGCAGCAUUGGAUGGUCACAGUUUCUGUGGAUGCUGACAGGCAGAUUGCUACCACAUCGUCCACUGAGUCACUGAGCAGUAUGGUUCAUCAGAUGGGCACAGGACGUUUGAAGGAAAAAAGGAAAAAGAAAAUGUUUCCUUGUAUUUGAAUUCAGUGAGAGAACUGGACUGAAUAAAAUUGUUGUGGCUUCUAAAACCAACAUGACAGCGUACAUGUACAUAGGUGUUAUUAUAUCACCUACAUGUACCGCUAUACUGCAUUCCUUGUAUGUUUCUGCGAACGUAUUCAAUAAUGCGUCACGUUACUAGCUGCAUCGCAUCAGUGUUGGCAUAUUUUCAGAAAGAUUUGAUGAUGGCACAUAGGAACAAAAUAAGUCCUUUCGUAAUACGAAAAGAAUCCUCCAAAAUUAAAAUUGUGGUAAAUUAAGAAAGGUCUCAAAAUCAGGGUUGCAAACUUUUGAAUUUGGAUUAUAUGUUCUGGAAAUCGUUGAAACUGUUGAAACAUUGUAUAAAAGCCUUAACCAAUGUACAUCUGUACAUGUACAAAUGCACUUUUAUAAACCUUCUGGAAAAUUAAUCAAAACAAAUUGUCUAAAUUUCUUUCGGACAAAUUUCUCUAGAUGAACUUAACUUUUCGACUUCUAAAUUUAAAAAGGAAAAUCAUGCAACCAUACAAGUGCUACUGGACCAUUUAUUUCCUUACCAACUUGCACCAUUUUCAGUGAAAACGUCUUAUUUACUAAAGACGUAAAAAGCCAGAUAUUUCAGAAGUAUCCUAACUUGUUUCUCGUAAGAAAAUAUCGCCGUUAACUAAUUGUGAGCUCACGGCCAAAAGAAAUCCACUAAAUUUUGCAAAGAAAAUGUACUCUAACUUUUCGCAUUUAUUUGCGAAUAUUAAAACAGAACAAGUUUUAGGAGAGUUUGACACUGUAAAUAAACUGUUAUGCUAAACAUUGGAUGCAACAACUUGUAGAGAGAUUUAGGAGUUACAGUUUGGAAGUUAUCGGUGUAAAAGACGUCAGAACAAUUGGUCUUAUCCUUCGACAUGUACUAAAUUAUUGCAAAUGCAAUUAACAAAAUGAAAACCAUUAAAACUUACAUUUGGCUGGAUACAGAAAACAUGAUGCGACUUCAAAACGUUUGAAAUGCAAGGCGGGACAUUUGUGAACGGAUGCAGAGGGGGUCUCGCUUAAAUCUGCCGUUUCUGGAAGUGUUGGUUGCCACGGUAACCAAACGUGACUUCUGUACAUUUGUAGAACGACUCUAACCGAUCGUUCAGAGUUUUCGAGGAUCCUUACUCAUGUUGCAAGUCCACUUGGGUCAUCUGCGAUUUACUUGGACGAUAAGAUUGGGGGCGCUUUUUGUACACAUUGCCCAUCGACGGCUGAUCGCAAGUUGAUGUAUAGAUAGUCGGGCGACUGCUGGCCUGUUGGCGUCUGUGG